UUAUUUGAAUAAUUUUAUAUAAAAAUUACAUAUAAUUAAAAUUAACGGUUUCUCUCCAUGCUAUGUCUGAAUUCCAGACAAAUUCUUAAUGUUUUUCGAAUUCUAAGAGAGUGAGUGGCGCAUCACUCUCUUAUGUGAAGUUAAUGGUUUCGAAAAAAAACUAUAUUGUGUUUGAAAAUAAUUUUAAGUGCAAUUCAGCAUAAUUUGUGAUGUUUGGAUAUAAUCUACGAGAUUAUGACCUAAAAGUAGAGCUUACAAAAUGCUGCAACGGCAUAGCCACUGUUUACUUAGCGCAAUAUCUACCAAAUAGACAACAUGUAGCCGUCAAGAAGUACCGCAUUGACAAAACGGAAGACAGUUCCUUAAUAUUCGAUGAAAUACUUGUAAUGCGGCAAUUUAGACAUCCCAAUAUACACUUCUACCAUUCGGCAUUCGUACAUGACAAUGACAUCUACCUGGUUUCACCAUUAAUGUGUUUUGGCAGUUGCAAGGAUACACUAAGAAACUGCUUUAGAACAGGCUUUCCGGAAGUAUUUGUGGCACUUAUAAUGCGAGAUGUACUGUCUGGUCUAGAAUAUAUGCAUAGACGUAGCUAUAUACACAGAUCUAUACGUGCUAGCCAUAUAUUAUUGAGUCAAACAAAGGCGGUAUUAUCGGGAUUUCGAGAAUGCAGUAGUUUUAUAAAGCAUGGUGAACGUAUAAGUGCGUUACAUCAGUUGGCGCCACAAAGUGCACGCAGCCUAAAUUGGCUAGCUCCAGAAGUAUUAGAACAAAAUGUUAUUGGUUAUACAGAAAAAUCCGAUAUUUAUUCGAUUGGUGUAACUUGUUGUGAGCUGGCCAAUGGCAUUGAACCAUUUGCUGAUGCACAGCCAACAUUUAUGUUCACAGAAAAGAUACGUGGCAAUGUACCAACGUUACUAGACCGCUCAACAUGUCCAGCAACAGAAGAAAUCAUUGACAUUACAGGCGAUAACCAAAGUGCAGAAUCAUUAAUAACAGCACAAGCACAACAAAUCUAUUGUCAACGAGCAUUUUCUGAUGAGUUUCAUCAGUUCACAGAAAUUUGUAUGGAAAAGCGACCAGCAAACCGAUGGUCUGCGCUGCAAUUAUUGAAUCACUCUUUCUUUAAGCACUGUCGUCACACGAGCAUUUUGGAUCAAUUGAAGCGUUUUGGUAUGGAGGUAACUGACUAUGAUGGUCUAAGAGAUCACAGCUUAGCUGCUUCACAUGAUAUGAGCGAAUUAAGCUUGAAACACGAUUGGAGCUGGGAUUUUUAGACAAACUACUUACCAAA